AUGCCCGCCCUCACAUCACAGGUCGUCAAUGGUCGCAAGACAUUUAUUCCUCUCGAAGAAAACAACCCCGAGGUUCUGUCCUGUCUGUGUCAGAACCUUGGUAUUUCUCGGGAUCUUGUGUUCCAUGAUGUCCUGUCCACAUCGCCCGAGUUACUCGCCUGGAUCCCACGUCCUGUCCAUGCUCUUAUUCUGCUCGCAGAUAAACCCAUUUAUGAGGCAGCCCGUUCGUCCAUAGAAUCUACAAUCCCGGAAUACGAUGGCUUGGGGCCGGAAGAGCCUGUCGUAUGGAUGAGGCAGACGAUCGGCCAUGCCUGUGGAUUGAUAGCUCUUUUACACUCGGUCUUCAAUCUCGACGGUGGGAAAUAUGUUACUCCAGGGCUACAACUGUACGAAAUACUUCAGCAAUUAGUCGAACUUGCACCGUCCCCAAGAGCACAAUUGCUGUAUGAUUCAGAAUUCAUCGAACAGGCCCAUAUGGAUGCAGCAUCAAAGGGAUCAUCCAGUCCACCUUCCCCUCAGGAUGAUAAUCACCAUCAUUUUGUGGCAUUUGUCCAAAAGAAAAGUCAAGUGUGGGAGUUGAAUGGAGGUCUGAAUGGUCCUCUACUUCGAGGCGCUUUAGGUGGCGACGAAGAUUUGUUGAGUGACAGAGGUUUGGCGAUCACCGUAAACGACUUCCUGGAUGCUGCACAACGGACAGGGAAUGGCGAGAUGAGCAUUGUAGCCAUUACUGGCCCAGAAGCUACUUUGAAAUAA